GUUUUCCGAUGUUGGCGUCAUGACGUCCGUACGUUUCCAAACAUCCGGUCAUGGUUUCAACGUUCCGGCGAGCUGAACAAUAUUGAGAUAUCCCUAUGGAGACCGAAGCAGCCCAGACAGAGGAGGGGUCCAAAACGGCUCCCCCUGCCCGAACUAAGAAGCCCGCCAUGGAAAUCUACGUGCCCAAGAAACGUCAGGCUGAGAAAGUGGAACCCAAGUCCAAACCCAGGCCCCGGUACACCGACAAGGCCCGCAAGAACAAGAAGGAUAAAACCAAAGCGACAGAUACCCCAAACGGUGAGGUAAGACAGGAUAACGGGGGACGGGGAGAUGGAGAUAAAGAAAAUCAAGAAAAAGAUGAGUCCAGAGAUGAGACGGACAGCACGUCCAGAACUAUGAACGCACCAGAGGACACAAGUAGUGCUCUGGAACAUGAAGGGAUGCCAAAAGAGGAGGAGGAGGAAAACUGGGAUUCUUUGUUUAAUGAUGAUGGUGACUGUCUUGAUCCGCAUUUGAUGGAUGAGAUGUCUCUUAAGGACGGAGCCGUACAGGAGGCGCGUUUCGACUACUAUAAUUGGUCGCCAGAGGAUGAUGAAGAGGUGGAGCUUCGGGAUGACGAACUGUCCCACAUUGUUGAGAUUUACGAUUUUCCGUCCGAGUUCAAGACGGAGGACUUGAUCAGAUCCUUCAGCUCUUUCCAGCAGAAGGGGUUUGACAUCAAGUGGAUUGACGACACACAUGUACUUGGCUUGUUCUCCAGUCCGAUCGCAGCUCGUGAUGCUCUGAGGAUGAAGAACCCCAUGAUGAAGGUCAGGCCUCUCUCCAAAUCAUCAAACGCCACUAAAGCCAAAGCGCGCAGCUGCUCCGAUUAUCUGCUGCCGGCUAAAGAGCGCCCUCAGACGAGUGCGGCUCUGGCGCGACGGCUGGUGAUCGGCGCUCUGGGCGUGAAGAGUAACCAGACCAAGGAAGAGCGAGAGGCUGAGAGGAACAAACUAAAGCAAGCGAGAGAGCAAAAGCGUUUGGCAGCUAAGCAGCGUGAAGACGCCUGGGAGGGCAAUUGAAGAUACAGGAGUCGGACCUCCCGCACGGGUUUGAGAGAAGCCUCCCCCUCUCAGUGGAUCAGGACUACUGCCAAACCAGCGCGGACUGAACCAAAGCCACAAGAACAGGGGAACCGCGGUUCAUCCAUGCAAAGUGUGAGACCGACACUUCAACAGGGAGAUUUUGUAACAUUAUAUCUUUCCUCUUGAGAUUUGUCUUGAACUGAGACGUUUUCCCCAUAAAUGUUUAUGAUUGUUUUCAAGUUUAGAACAAGCCAUUUUGAUGUGUUUUUUCGUUUUCUUUUUCGUUGACUAAAACAAACUAAAGUUUUCUUAUUUCGCUUUUCAAUCUUUGCUUCAGUAGAGAUAUAUUGUUAACACUUAGAGCUGAUAAUGCCUUUCAUGUCGGUUGUUUUUUGUGGACUUUAUAUCUCACAAAAUCUGUCACACCUCAAAAUAAAAAGGAAAAUAAGGAAAAAAGGUUUUGCUUAAAGAAAAUGAAGUCAUUUAAGAUCAUUAAAAUGUUUAGCAUUUUCCUGCCAAAAAAUAAAAAUGAUUUACUGUAAGUAUUUUUUAAAUCCCAGUUGGGAAUUACAAAAAACUCAAGGAAUCAUGAUGGUUGUAAAAAAUAGACUUCUUUUUUUUUUAAAGUUAUUUUUUUGUAAGAAUGUGAUGUGAAGCUAAAGUCCAUUGCGAAUAUUUUGUUUAAUGCCAGUCAAGCCUCUUGUAAACCUUGAGCACUUUUUAACGCAGAACAUUUUUUGUUUAGAUUAUUUCAUUAUUACUGGUGUAAAUAUUGUGCAGUUAGCAUUUAUCACCGAAAGAUUUUGUUUAGGUGCUAAAUUGACAAAGUCUUUGACUAACAGGUCUGUUGUUCUCUGAAUAUGGUGCACUGGAAUUCCCAGGUGUGAUCUUAAUAAAAAUGUUCAAAUCUU